AUGGGAGCUGGUGAGUAUGCCACAGUGAAGGAGGUGUACACUCGUGCUUGUAAUGCUGAGAGGAUUGAGGAAAAGAGACUAGCUGCAAAGAAGUUGAAAUCCACUCCAGCAGGGUCUACUCCGGUGGCAGAAAAGGGUGAUACAUCUGGUUCCGCUGGUUACAACAAAGGCAGAGGGGGUUUCAAUAAAAAUCGAAACUUUGGGAACUGUGAUUCUGGUGGUAACUAUAACAAGGGAGGUUCCAGUCAGCAUGAGAACCACCCUGGCAAGGAUUGUGAUGGUAAUUUGGUGAAGUGUAAUCACUGUGGGAGGAAAGGGCGCCGUGCUUAUGAAUGUUUUAAUAACCCUAGAUCGAGGAACUUCAGGCCUGAGAUGAGUUCGAGGAAUGGGGCACAAGCAGAUAAGAGACCCAGAAUGGUUCAUGUGAUGAACCAGACUGAGGCAAACACCAAGGGCAACGUGGUCACUGGGUUAGAGAACUCUAGGACUUGUGAUGUAGACAUCUCUAUUCCUUCUGGUGUGAUCAUAACUUGUAAUAAUUUGUAUCCAGAUGUCCCUAUUAUGUGUGGUAGUACCACCCUAGUAGCUGAUUUGAUAGCUUUUCCUUUGCAUGAUUUUGAUGUAAUUCUAGGGAUGGAUUGGCUUAGUAGGCAUAAAGCCAAGAUAGAUUGUGAGAAACAAAAGGUGUCUGUAGUUGGUCCUAGUGGAGUCCAUGAGUUUUAUAGAGGGUCUUCUUUGAAAAUCAUUUCUGCUUUGACUCUAAAAUCCUAUUUGAGGAAGGGUUGUCCUAUGUACUUGUGCCAUGUUCACGACACUAGUAAGGAAGAGCCACGUGUUGAGGAUGUUCGUAUUGCUAAUGAGUUUGUAGAUGUUUUUCCUGAUGAUAUUCCUGGCAUGCCUCCGAGACGUGAUGUUGAGUUCAGUGUUGACUUGAUGCCUGGAACUGGACCUAUUUCUAAGCCUCCUUAUAGAAUGGCUCGCUGA